CUCAAAAAUUCUGAGAAGGCAGAAGCUGGUUGGCUUACAUUUGUAAAACUAAAUUGAAAUUUUAUUUAGAACAGUCAAUAAAGGAAGAAACUUUAGCUUACCCAUUUCCAUGGAAACCUGAAAUUUAACCUUGUUUCACAAUUUCGGUAGCUGUAAGCCUGUAACUAUUUUGGGUGAAAAGGAGUUGUGGGUAUGAUGGAAAAUUCCAGUUCACCGGAAAAUACAGGCAGCGUUGCUGUCAACGGGGAGAAUGGUGAAGGUGGUGGUGCUGAGCUAGGGGAGGAGGAGAGAGAGGAAACCAAAGUUAGUGACCGGAAUGGUGCCGGUAACAGGUGGCCGCGGGAAGAAACCUUGGCUUUGUUGAGGAUAAGGUCGGAGAUGGGCAGUGCGUUUAGGGACUCCGGUUUCAAGGCUCCUCUUUGGGAACAGGUCUCCAGGAAAUUGGCUGAGCUUGGUUAUCACCGCAGUGCAAAGAAAUGCAAGGAGAAGUUUGAGAAUAUCAACAAGUACCAUAAGAGAACCAAAGAAGGUGGAUCCUGUAGAUCAAAUGGGAAAGCUUAUCGGUUUUUUGAGCAAUUAGAAGCAUUAGACAAUCAUCAUUCUUUUCUUCCACCACCUUCUUCUGAAGAAAAAAUCAAUUUUGAAGUACAACCAAUAAGUGUUUUCCGUGAUGCCAUCCAGAACCUUACUUCAAAUUUCAAUGACACUUCUACUUCAACAACCACCUCAUCAAGCAAGGAAAUGGAUAGAGGGCGAAAGAAGAAAAGGAAAUUGGUGGAUUUUGUUGAGGGGUUGAUGAGGCAAGUGAUAGAGAAGCAAUUGAAUUUUCAGAAGCAGUUUUUGGAGGCAAUGGAAAAGUGUGAACAGGAUAGGGUAGCAAGGGAGGAAGCAUGGAAAAUGGAAGAAUUGGCUAGGAUUAAUAGGGAACGUGAGCUUUUGAAUCAAGAGAGAUCAAUUGCAGCAGCAAAGGAUGCUGCUGUGCUUGCACUUUUACAAAAGUUUUCAGGGGAAGCAGGCUCAGUGCAAUUGUCCUUGAACCCACCUCCAGCAGAGAAAGUUGUUGAGAGACAAGAAAAUAGUAAUGGUGGUGAAAGUUACAUGCCAGGCUCUUCUCGGUGGCCUAAGGAUGAAGUAGAGGCUUUAAUAAGACUAAGAACUGAGCUCAAUUUGCAGUAUCAAGAAAAUGGGCCUAAAGGUCCUCUUUGGGAGGAGAUAUCAGGAAGAAUGAAAAAGCUUGGCUAUGAUCGUAGUGCAAAGCGGUGCAAGGAGAAAUGGGAAAAUAUGAACAAGUACUUCAAGAGGGUAAAAGAUAGCAGCAAGAAAAGGCCUGAGGAUUCAAAGACAUGCCCUUAUUUUCAGCAGUUAGAUGCUUUAUACAAAGAGAAGGGUAGGAAGAUUGAUGGUUCAAUUAAUUCUGGUUAUCAAUUGAAACCUGAAGAACUCUUAAUGCAAAUGAUGGCUACACAAAAACAACAACAACAACCAGAGUCAGCAACAAACAACAGGGAAAGUGAGAAAGUUGAUCAGAAUCGUGAAAAAAAUGGGGACAAUGAAGUUGAAGGAGAUGCUUAUCAAAUAGUAACUAAUAAUUCUUCUCCGAUGGAACUUGUUGGAUGAUGAAGAAUGUUUUGAACUUUAUUUGUAGAGGUGAAGAUAUGCUUCUAAAUUUUGUGAUGGGUCACGGUCAUAGUCCAGCAGACCAUAUGAUGGUCUGUGUGGGGGCAAAGUUUCAGUUUUUAUAGUUGCUUUUUUUUUUUCUUUUUUCUUUUUUUCACACUGGAAGUAAUCACCUGGUUACUUGUUUUAAUAACCUAUCCUUAUUAAUACCCAAAAAAAAAAAAAAAAGCAUCCAUAUAUGUAAAUGUUGAUGAUUUGUUGAAUAAACAUGGGAGGGAGGGGGGAGCCGAAUAAGAGGGAGGAUGAUAUGUGUGAUAUGUGGAUGAGUGAGAAAUCCCAAAGUAUGAAAAAGUGGGAAUUUGUUGGUUGUGUUUGUAACUUUGUAUCAGUAAUGCUGCAAUGAAAGGUUUGCACUUUUUGGUUAGAGUAGUUGUAGUUGUAAUUGCCUGUAUGUCAAUAUCGAUAUGAAUGGUAAGGAAAAGCCUUGGACAUCAUAAAUGGGGAACUGUUUUCAAGAUUUGUCAACCUAAGAGAACUAUGGAACGAAAGCUACAGAAUGCAUGAACACCACAUCACACAUCAGAAAUGAUGCAUGGUAGCAGCUUAUAAUCGCUUUGCUGCUUCAUGGAUUGAGAUGAGGGGUGGGCUCCUUGAUGGUUCCAUGUCGAGUAAUUUACUUUCUACCAGUAGUUAUAAAAAUGUGCAACCCAC